UGAGAUGAGCACAGUUUAGCAUGAAGGUGUUGAUUGAAAGAGACAAGUUUUUAUCGGACUACGAGGUGCUUGAACAUCUCAAGGCCACCCAAAACCCGAAGGAUAAGAAGAAAAGUAAGCACGGUGGGUUGGAGUUGGAGAUCGUUUCCAAGGAGAUCAUAUCUUUUUUGGAAGACAGAGCAUGUUCUCAAAUCGAGUCGCCCGACAAAUUCAAACAGUUGAUGGUUUUUUUGAACCAGUAUGAUUUGGUGAAGAUCGAAAAGCUUCAGAUAAUGAACUCACUUCCUCGAUCAAUGGUCCAUGUGCACGCGGUGAUCGAGGAGUGUGAUCAGAGAUUGAACGAGGAUUCUGUCAACCUGCUCAUCGAUAAGAUCAACGAGUUGUUUCCACUCCCGGAGAACGAUGAAGAAGACCAACAACAAGAGCAGCAAUCACAAUAAAUAACCUGUACAUUAUAUCCUGUAAUAUAGGCAAUACAUCCUAAUUCUAUAAAAAGUCCCCCAUCACUUGCGGAGGCUCAUCGGCUGGCUGACACACUUCCACCUCUUCCUGAACAGCAAGUCUAGUAUUCUGAUUGGUAUACCACUGGUCUCUCAAGUUUCCCACCAUCUCUCCGACAUCACUGAUCAAACUGGCAGGUCCCACCGAGAAGAAGGACUCGUUGUCUUUGGUGUUUAUCCAUUGGUGGUCGUUUUUCGGGCCUGUCUCCUCUAUAUCCUUAUUUUCCUUUUUGAUGAGAUCUCGAGAGAGUAGAUCCACAAGCUCAAAGCCUUCACCUGGUGUUUCGCUAUCCCACAUUCCAAUCCCGUUGAGAUUCCAUCGAUGAGAAACCGCUUCCUGCUCUUUCAUUGCAUCGAUAGUGAAGUGGUUGUUGAUCAAAUGCUCCAUUACAGGCCACCCAUAGGCAUUAGCAAACCUUCUUCGAACAAUGAUGUUGUUGUGGGCGUCAGGGUUGAGUCGUACAAGAACUUUUCUCCAGCUCAUAUCUUUAUGGUACUCACGAGCAAUUUCCUCUUCGAUUCGUUCAAACUCUUGUAAGUCGAAACUACUCAUCAAACGCUUUCUGAAGGUGGUGACUUGAGAGUCAUUGGCUUUCACUUCAUU